AUGUAGGCCUGCAGCAGAGCAGCCACAGCGAGUCGCAUGAAUUGCGUCACCGAAGAGGCUGGGCUGGUCUCUCAUUUCCUGGUUACUGCAGCUCUGCUGGGUUUGGUUUAUAGAUUGUUUUGGAAUGAAAGCAGUUUCCCGUAACUGGGUUGCAUCGGUGCAUGUAGCGCUUAGUCUUAUUGGGCUUCCCUACGCGGCUGGCACAAGUGGAGUCUGGAAGAACGCCAUUAGCCGCAGUCUCUUUUCAUCAAAAUCUGUCUACAUGUCUCCUGCCGCACACUUUACGGCUCGCUGUCCGGUAUAUCCCGGCUCAGACACACGUCGCUUCCCUGUCCCAGAUGACAAAGUAGACUGGGACACAGACUGGCCCCAGUACAGCCCUGUUAACUAUACCGCCCCCACUGUACUGAAAAAGCCUGUUUGGGCUGACCCAGAGAUCGGUGCAUUUUCCCCACAGUUCAAUUCUUUAGAUGGCUCUGUGGACCGGAUAAGCCAUGAGGGCUCGUAUCGUCUCCAGAAUGGCAAACCACUCAAUCCACAUGGAAGAACUGGGCUAGAGGGCCGAGGAUUACUGGGAAGGUGGGGUCCAAACCACGCCGCUGAUCCAAUAGUUACCAGGUGGAAAAGGGACUCUACAGGACAGCGUGUCCACCACACUAACUCUCAACUACCUGUGCUGCAAUUUGUGUCCAUCAAGAGGUUGGACUGUGGCGAAUGGGCCAUCCCAGGGGGAAUGGUGGACCCUGGAGAGCGCAUUUCUCAAACACUGCAGCGCGAGUUCUCAGAAGAGGCAUUGAACUCUCUGCAGGCAUCUCCAAGUGAGAGGGAAAAGAUCCAAAAGCGAAUCACUGAACUUUUCAACUCAGCAGGUCUUCAGGUGUAUAAAGGUUAUGUAGAUGAUCCAAGAAACACAGAUAAUGCUUGGAUGGAGACAGUUGCAGUCAAUUUCCAUGAUGAAUCAGGCAAUAGUGUGAGUGAGCUUCCAUUGCAAGCAGGCGAUGACGCAGGUCAAGUGAGCUGGAUUGAUGUUGACUCCUCUCUGGCCCUUUAUGCGAAUCACUUGCAUUUCCUAGAGACCGUUGCGAAGGAAAGAAAUGCACACUGGUAACAGAAAAUAAUAAAAAGUGCCUUUCUGCUUU